AAACUAACAAAAAAAAAAAGCCUCCGUCCCGUCUCCUCUCUCCCUAAUCAUCAGCCUCGGCCUCUCUCUUUCGUCGACUCACUUCUCAAUUUUUUUUUCUCCGUCCGAUUUUAGGGUUUUCUCAAUCGCUAUGUAUCGUACGGCAGCUUCACGAGCCAAGGCUCUUAAGGGAGUCCUUACUCGUAGUUUGAGACCUGCACGUUAUGCAAGUUCUAGUGCUGCUGCAGCGACGAGUUCGUCUACGCCAGGUUACUUGAGCUGGUUGGGUGGUGGAUCCUCUUCUUCUCUUACUUCAUUGGAUAUGCCACUACAAGGCGUAUCUCUUCCUCCGCCGCUUGCUGACAAGGUCGAGCCAAGCAAACUUCAGAUUACUACUCUUCCAAAUGGUCUCAAGAUAGCCUCAGAGAUGUCUCCGAAUCCGGCAGCUUCGAUUGGUUUAUAUGUUGAUUGUGGUUCUAUUUACGAGGCGCCUUAUUUCCAUGGAGCUACUCAUUUGCUUGAAAGAAUGGCUUUCAAGAGCACGUUGAACAGAACCCAUUUUCGUCUUGUGAGGGAAAUAGAGGCCAUUGGAGGCAACACGUCGGCCUCUGCGUCUCGGGAGCAAAUGAGUUACACUAUUGAUGCUCUUAAGACCUAUGUCCCUGAAAUGGUUGAAGUUCUUAUUGACAGUGUGAGAAACCCUGCUUUCUUGGACUGGGAAGUCAAUGAAGAGCUACGGAAGAUGAAGGUAGAGAUAGCGGAACUUGCAAAAAACCCUAUGGGUUUCCUGUUGGAGGCCAUUCAUUCUGCUGGUUACUCUGGUGCACUGGCAAGUCCUCUGUACGCACCGGAGUCUGCUUUAGAUAGAUUGAAUGGGGAGCUCUUGGAAGAGUUUAUGACUGAGAAUUUCACUGCUGCACGGAUGGUACUGGCAGCAAGUGGAGUAGAACAUGAGGAACUUUUAAAAGUUGCUGAGCCAUUAGUUUCGGACCUACCUAAUGUACCACGCCAAGUGGAGCCAAAAUCUCAGUAUGUCGGUGGAGAUUUCCGCCAACAUACUGGUGGAGAGGCUACACACUUUGCGGUUGCUUUUGAGGUGCCUGGCUGGAAUAACGAGAAAGAAGCAGUCACCGCCACUGUUCUCCAGAUGCUUAUGGGAGGAGGUGGCUCAUUCUCUGCGGGAGGUCCUGGAAAAGGAAUGCACUCGUGGCUCUAUCGCCGUGUUCUAAACGAAUAUCAGCAGGUUCAAUCAUGCACUGCGUUCACUAGCAUCUUUAACAACACUGGAUUGUUUGGAAUCUAUGGUUGCUCGAGCCCUGAAUUCGCGGCAACAGCAAUUGAAUUAGCAGCUAAAGAACUGAAAGAUGUUGCAGGAGGAAAAGUUAACCAGCAACAUCUUGAUCGUGCCAAGGCAGCCACAAAAUCUUCAGUCCUGAUGAAUUUGGAAUCUCGGAUGAUUGAAGCAGAAGACAUUGGUAGACAGAUACUUACAUACGGAGAGAGGAAACCAGUUGAUCAAUUCUUGAAGACAGUAGACCAACUAACAUUGAAGGACAUUACAGACUUCACCAGCAAAGUUAUUUCAAAGCCUUUGACAAUGGGUGCCUUCGGAGAUGUGUUGACUGUUCCGAGCUACGACACCAUCAGCAGCAAAUUUCAUUGAAGCAACAAAACAAACAAAAAACCAAAUCAACAAUAUUUUGGGACUUGUAAAAUAAAGAAGAUCUUUGGGAGCAGAAGAAGACCCAACCGAUUAAAAAAAUUUCUUUUAAAAUUACAGUGUCGUAAUUUGAUUCAAAUGGAUUUUUGUUUCCAUCUACAGUUAAAAAAAAGGCGGACUUUUUACGGUCUGUCACUCUCCAAUUUUUCAAGAGUAUUUUGUAUUCCAAUAAAUAAUCUUUUACUUUACUACGUGUAAUGCAAACAACUUGAGAGGUGUCAUUUUUUGUUUACAAGUUGUCUCAGUUUUCUUA